AUGCCGAUAGUUAACUUGGAAGAUCUUGUUCGUCUCCAGCAAAAGGCUGAAGAUAUCAGAAAUAUCUGUAUCCUCGCGCAUGUUGAUCAUGGAAAGACAUCAUUAACAGAUAGCUUGAUUGCCACAAAUGGAAUUAUAUCACCUAAGCUGGCGGGAAAGAUCCGCUACCUGGAUUCUCGUCCAGAUGAACAGCUACGAGGAAUCACGAUGGAGUCAUCGGCCAUCUCUCUUUAUUUCUCCAUGUUACGGAGAUCUGCUCCAGAAGGGACUCCUGAUAAGCGGGAGUUUCUUAUCAACCUGAUUGAUUCCCCUGGCCAUAUUGACUUUAGCAGCGAGGUGUCGACAGCUUCUAGGCUCUGUGAUGGCGCUCUCGUUUUGGUUGAUGCGGUUGAGGGUGUCUGCAGCCAAACAGUUACUGUUCUACGACAUACAUGGGUAGAACGGCUGAAGCCCAUCCUCGUCAUUAAUAAAAUCGAUCGUUUAGUUACCGAGUUGAAGUUGACGCCUUUGGAGGCAUAUUCCCAUCUUAGCAAGAUUCUUGAACAGGUGAACGCUGUGAUAGGGAGCUUCUAUCAAGGAGAACGCAUGGAAGAGGACCUCCAAUGGAGAGAGAAGGUCGAAGAACGAGUUAAAGCUGCAGCAAUAAAAGAAAAAGAUCGGUCGAAAUCGAGUGCAGAAACCAGUACUCAAAUAGACACUGAAACUGCAGAAUUUGAAGAGCGAGAUGAUGAAGAUCUAUAUUUUGCGCCAGAGAAGAACAAUGUCAUAUUCUGCAGUGCCACAGAUGGCUGGGCGUUUACUAUUCGACAAUUUGCUGGACUCUACGAAAAGAAGCUUGGGAUCAAACGGGCUACGCUGGAGAAAGUGCUCUGGGGGGAUUAUUACCUGGACCCUAAAACCAAGAGGGUCCUUGGUUCGAAGCAUUUGAAGGGCAGGCGAUUAAGCCCAAUGUUUGUUCAACUGGUUCUGGAGACCGUUUGGGCAGUCUAUAACGCAACCACGGGAGGAGCCAACUCUUCAGGUGAUCCUGCACUCUUGGAAAAGAUAACCAAAUCUCUUUCGAUAAAGAUACCCGUACAUAUACUCAGAUCUCGGGACUCUAGGAAUAUUCUAUCUGCAGUAUUUUCAUCAUGGCUGCCGCUCUCUACCGCUGUGCUUGUCUCCGUGAUCGAAUAUUUACCUAGCCCUAUAGAUGCUCAAGCGGUCAGACUUCCUGAUAUGAUUGAUGAUUCCCCAGACGCGAGCUAUGUUGACCCCAAGGUCCGUGACGCUGUAAUAAACUCCAAGGCAGGAAAAGAGGACCCGAUUCUAGGCUAUGUCAGCAAAAUGGUGUCUAUCCCGGAGAGCGAACUGCCUACGAAAACACGCCGAGCACCUGGCGGAACCCUGUCUGCGGAUGAAGCUCGUGAAAUUGCUCGGCGAAAGAGAGAAGAAUUUGCUAAACUCAGAAGUGACGCAAAUGAUGGAGAUGUCUCUGGCCUCGCGCACGCUUUGUUGGACUCACAACUGGAUGAACCCAAGGCAGAAGAGAAGACAGAACCGGAGCAUCUUAUCGGGUUUGCGCGACUAUAUUCUGGCACUCUCUCGGUGGGAGACUCAAUAUAUGUAUUGCCGCCAAAGUUCUCCCCCAUGAACCCCAGGGCUCGCCCUGAACCGACAAAAGUAACGGUGAAGGGGUUGUACUUACUUAUGGGACGGGCUCUUGAGAAUCUAGACAGCGUCAGUGCUGGUGUUGUCUUUGGAAUUGCUGGACUGGAAGGUCAUAUCAUGAAAACGGGAACAAUAUGCAGCCAAGUAGACGGAGCUGUCAAUCUCGCUGGCGUGUCACUAAGCCAACCACCCAUUGUUCGAGUUGCUCUCGAACCCGUGAACCCGGCAGAUCUCAAUAAGAUGAUAGAUGGGCUGAAAAUGUUAGAACGAAGUGACCCUUGCGCGCAGUACGAGGUACUACCAAGUGGAGAACACGUUAUUCUCACAGCUGGAGAACUGCAUCUUGAACGAUGUCUUAAGGAUCUUCGAGAAAGAUUCGCCAAAUGUGAUAUACAGGCUGGAGAGUCCAUCGUGCCGUACAGGGAAACCAUUAUAAGUGCUGCUGAAAUGAACCCCCCAAAGAACCCAGACUUGCCUCGUGGGACUGUCAUUACAAGUUCGGGAUCGAAACAGCUUAAGAUUAAGAUUCGAGUACGGCCGCUACCCGCAACUGUCUCUGAAUUCCUUCUCAAACACGCUGGAACUAUUAAACGGAUAUAUGCACGUAGAAGGAAUGUGCCGACGGAUACCACGAAAGAAUCCAAUGGAGAUGAUACCACUGAUACAGGAAAUGCUGGAGAGGCUUCCCAGGAGGGGGCUACUUCUAGUCGCAAUACUCUUUCUGCGGAUGAAUUUAAGAAAGAGUUGGAGUCUUGUUUUAGCGGGGUAAAAGAAGACAAGGACGUUUGGGCUGGUGCACUUGCAAAAAUAUCUGAAUUUGGACCAAGGAAAACAGGAGCCAAUAUUCUUUUCGAUGCAACUCCUACCGGACGCUAUGAGAAACUAUUCGCGGAAGGCUCAAGUAACAAGCCAGCUCGGGACUCUGCCCUGUUUUCGGACAAGAUAUCAUAUGCCUUCCAGCUUGCUACAUCUCAGGGCCCUCUCUGCCGUGAGCCCGUUCAAGGGGUAGCAGUAUUCAUUGAAGAUGUUACACUUGAAGAUAUUGGGGAUGAAGAAUAUACUCGCCUGACGGGAGAAGUGAUAAGGCUGGUACGUGAUGCUGUGUGGCAAGGGUUCCUUGACUGGAGCCCCAGAAUAAUGCUUGCCAUGUAUAGCUGUGAAAUCCAAGCUACAACCGAGGUCUUGGGUCGUGUAUACGGUGUAGUGACCCGAAGACGAGGACGUAUUCUGUCCGAAACUAUGAAAGAAGGAACCUCCUUUUUCACGAUCCUUUCUCUCCUUCCAGUAGCGGAAUCAUUCGGAUUUUCAGACGAAAUUCGAAAACGUACGUCUGGAGCUGCUUCUCCACAGCUUAUAUUUACCGGGUUUGAAAUGCUUGAUCAGGACCCAUUCUGGGUUCCGGCCACGGAAGAAGAGUUGGAAGACUUGGGCGAGCUGGCUGAUAAGGAGAACCUGGCGAAGAGAUAUAUGGAUAGCGUUAGGAGUAGGAAAGGAAUGGUUGUUGCAGGGAAGAAGUUGGUAAAGGACGCUGAGAAGCAGAAGACGUUGAAAAGAUAG